AUGAAAGACAAACAAGAUGGCUCUCUUUGGAAGGAGAAUCCUGAAGAAAUCAAAGAUUCUUUACUGUCUGUUAACGUGUCUGGGAACAAAGCAAAAGUGUUAGGUAAACCAUAUUUGGACGCGAGUGAUUCACCUCAGCAGAAUGUUGACGAAAAAUCUCAAGUUGAAAUGUGUUACAACGACAAGAAAGAUUUAAAAUUUGCUGUUUUUAAUUGUUCAGAUGCUGCUGAAGAAUUCAAAGAUAAAUACCCAGCGCAAUCCAGCAAGUCCCGCUCUUCAUUCUCAGUGGAGCAGGUGUUGCAAUUAGAACGAGUUUUUGAACGACAGAAAUACCUGGGCUCCAGAGACAGGCAAAGGCUUGCAGAGCAGCUUCAGAUGACUGAGACACAGGUAAAAACCUGGUUCCAAAACAGACGAAUGAAACAAAAGAGAAAACGAGCUGAGGACGUCGAACGCAGAACCAAACUAUCAUUCCUGAGUAACCUUGCAUAUUCCAUGCAGCACGGUUUCCAUAGUUACCCACCUGACUGCGACUGUCGUCCUCCCACCUAUCCCGACACUCCUCUGGUGUUGAGAACUGAGCUGCCGUCAAAGUACGCGUGUUCCUCAGUCUCGCCUUGGAGUACUCUGCCUUAUUAUCCACCACCACCAUAUUGGGGAAGGUACCCAGUACCAUAUUGAUCAUCGUCAGGAGCCCCCAGGCAAUUUAGUUCCUUUGCUUAGGGUGCAAUUGUUUUCUAGGCGGGCUAUAAUUGUGGGACUGAUUUAAUCGAAGGUUUUGAGUUUUUUUGUGACAAAAUUUUUUUUUCAAAUAUUUUUGCUUUGGUUUUGGUUAGCCAUUUACAGUAUUGACAAUGUCAACAGCUAAGAAUUGCAUUGAUAUAGACUACUGCUUAGUAAAGAGUGCUGCAAACGAAAUUAAAUUUAAGCGUAAGGAUAGUAGAACAGUGAAAAAAUUUAAAAAGCUAAGCAAGGUUCUGCCACUUUUCUGGAGGGGUUUCGCUACUUCUUUCGGAAUUGCUGUCAUACGAUUGCAUUCAUCACUUCAGCUUGCGAAGAAAAAAAAAGCAUAUCUCAUGAAUUAUCUGUCGUUAUUUAAUGCCAGGUAAUAUGGCUUGUUAUUGACCAGUCCAUAAAUAAACCUUAUUGUUCAUGUAAACUACAUUCACUUGCCUGUUUACUGCCUGAAAACAAAACUCACGAUUAGGGCGUAGCCCAAAGAAAAUGUCUGAGUCCCCCAUAAUGAAUCGAACCCCAUACAUUCGAAUGCGGUCCGAUGCUGUCUCACAGGGCUAGGGAGAAAUCGAUGGUCAGCUAAGGCAUUAAUUGAUACCUCUGUCACGAGCACGUGUACAUUCGGGAUCGACUUUGAGGAAAGUGAUGGUUA